AUGGUCCCCGCAAGAGGACGGGCCCCCGGCCAAAGAAGUCCUCACGUUCUGGUAACCGACUCGCGCGAUCAAAUAUCGUCCGCUCAACCCCGACGUCGUCGUUCCCCGUCCACCCGGUUUAUCACAGUCGACAACGUCCUUCAGUAUACCUCCGACGUGCCCUCCAUGCAGCAGCGUUUUCCGGCACAAAGUGCACGAGUGCGCCCGAGAUCUCGUCUGGCCUCCGCAACGGGUGGCUUAAUUGGUGCUGGGGGCAGCGUGAAUCCAUCCGGUAGCAGCGCCAGCGCCUCAGGCUCCGCGGCCUCCAUAGGGCGCCUUGCGGCCCAGCCGCGUCUCCCGCCUCGGACAACCAAAGUUAGCGAGAAGCUGGUUCUGUUGCCGGAGGCGGAGGGAGUCGAUGAACGGUCGCCAGACGAAGAUGAAGACGAGGAAGAGGCGGUGGACGAGGAACUCGUGCAGAGAUUGGCGAGCGAGAAAAACGUCGAUCCGGAGUCCAUAAGACAGCGGCUGCUGGUGCAGAAGAGGUUGGGUGGGGAUUUCGGCGAAGAUAAUGAUAUUGCACCCCUGCUGGCGGAGGAGGAACUGCUGCGGCGUCGGAAGGUGGCGCCGGAGAAGGCGAAAAGCUAUGCAGAGCGGUUGCCCAAGGCGCGGCGCGCCGAGAAGCUGUCUCGUGUGACUGCAUACUGCACGGCACAGGCUUAUAAGAUGAGCUCGCUGGCCUCUUUUGUGAAGGACAAGCACGGUGGGCGGACCAAGCUUUACGACGACUGUUUGUAUACGGCGUAUCAUCUUCCAUUGUUGCAGGGUAUCGAAGGCUACAGACUGAGAAGUAGCCCGAUGGUCAAACGGCCCGGUGGGAAAUCGUUCCUCGACGAAGAAAUUGAGCGAAAUGAACUGCGCGACCACCAUGACUACAUGGUCGAAGCGGAGGAGCACUCGGUCAUCGGCCGUGGCGAGCAUGGCUCGCCACGGCACCUCGAGGGCGAGAACCGGCAAGACGAGGGGCUGAUGCAUCAUGAUGUAGAGCAUGGAGGCUCUCGUAUGGACCCAGGAACUGAGUCUCACAAUGUCAACGCCACACUUCACGAACGUGCUGCUGGUCACGAGCUACCUCCUGGUCUUCCCACACCGGCAAGUCUAGCCUACAACGUGGCGGAGAUGUUUGUGUUCAGCUACGGGGUGGUUGUCUUUUGGAAUUUUACCGAGAAACAGGAGAAAGACCUCCUGGCUGACCUGGCUUUCGCGACGUCAUCCGCUACUGGCACUCCAAUCGCGCUGGCCACAAUGCCUUUGCUGGAGGAAGAUUUCGAAACGGAAGAGUUCCAUUUUGAAUAUUCGACUGAAAUCUCUCGUCCGCGCGUGUAUAACGAUAUGAUCACACUGCGAAGUGGCGACCACAUGAUCAAGCUGGCCAUCAGUCACGGUAUCGCCCAGAGCACCAAGCUCUGCUUCUUUGAAGAAGUCAUGGCUCGCCAGAUGACGGAGGCCAAAGACAUUCCGCGCCGACUGGCCAUGACUGGUCAAUUGGGCAUGAAACGGGAGGAAGUCUUCAGGAUCUUGGGAAGGCUAUUCAAGAGUCGAGUAGAGGUCAAUCUUUCCUCCAACAUGCUCGACGUUCCCAAUUUCUUCUGGGAGAGCGAACCAACGCUGUACCCGCUCUAUAUCGCUGUCCGCGAAUACCUUGAGAUCAAACCGCGUAUCCAAGUGCUCAACGAGCGAUGUCGAGUCUUCCUCGACCUCGCAGAAAUCCUCUCCGAUUCCAUCGCCGACAACAAAACCUCUCACCAAACAUGGAUCAUCAUCAUUCUCAUCAUCAUCUCCAUCCUCGUCACCACCUCCGAAGUCUUCCUGCGUUUCGGUCUCCUCUCCACCGGAAAAGGGACGACGGCUGGCACUCUCGCCGCGUCUCUCUUCUCCCGUUCUUCUCCCUCUGCCCUAACUCCGCUGCCUUCCUGUUCGUGUCCUCCAUUUCCUGGCUCUGAUGCCGUAGCGGCGGGAGCGGGAAUGAAUGUCACUGGUAUUUGA